AUUUUCAUCUGAAGCGUAAUCCAAGCCACACAGUGCAAUCUACACCACUGGUCAUAAUUACAGGACUCAGCUUACACGUCGAGCUAGCAUAAUGAAUUUCCUGAUAUUUGCAACGUUAAUCCUUAUUCUUUUUUGUACGGAUGUAUCGUCCUUCAAACGGACAUCGCAGGAAGAGUGUUCUGUUUGCCGAUGUCAUAACGUCACUGCUGACUGUAGCAACCGGAACCUAUCCAAAGUUCCGGUCCUGCGCAGUAACAUCACGCGCAUUUUCCUUUCUCGGAAUAACUUCACUACUGUUACAAGAAAUUUAUUUGUGAACGUGAAAACGUUAAACAUCACGACAAUACAACUUGACUAUUGUAACAUAAAGCAUGUAUCCACGGACACAUUUGCUGAUUUCCAAUGGCUGACUCACUUAAAUAUAAGCGGAAAUAAAGAACUCUCGGUUCAGGAAUUAUCAGCUGCUUUGGUGAAAACACAACUAACGGAGUUGAAUCUGGACGACGCUGGAAUAGAAUACAUGUUUGUAGUUGUGAGUCCUUUAAGAAGUAUCAAAACUUUAAGUCUCAAAACGAACUUCAUCGAAAAAUUCAAUACAAGUGUUUUGUUAAAUGGAUUUCCUUCACUUCGAAGUCUAGAUCUGACAAAUAAUAGGUUAGAAACUUUCCCGUUUACUGCCAAUUUAAGUCAAAUUGAAAUAUUGAACUUAACGGACAAUAGAAUAGAGUCUGGUCGCCUGAUGUUCUGCUUGAAUGGAUCAGACCCCUCAAAUAAGUUGAAGAUUUUAAAUCUCUCGUGGAACUAUUUAUCCAAUAUUUCGGUUUUCAAAUCGGAAGGACAUUGUCUUUCCCAUCUGGAAAGAUUAAUUUUAAGCAAUAAUUAUCACAUUUUUAAAGUUCCCAAUAAUGUCUUUUCGCGACUUCCAAAGAUUAGAAAUAUUCGACUGAAGUAUGUUAGUGAGAGAACCGAUAUUGAACCGCUGGCUUUCAAUGUAUCGACUCUGAUUGAACUCCAUCUAACUACUAACGAGCAGCUUAAUCUUCAGCCAAAACACAUUAAUAUGUUCAAAUUAACUCCAAACUUACAAACGCUGCAUUUCACCAACGUUAUUUUCAAAAAUAUAGCCGAUAACCUUACAGAUAUGUUUUCCCAUUUAGUUCACUAUGAAAGAUUUUAAAAUCAAAUACGGCAUU